CAUAGCCGUUAUCGUAUUUUCCUCCUUUUUUCGCCUCCGCGGGCACUACCCGCCGUACCACGCCCACCCGUUGGGGUUUCCCUAUCCCGCCGCUGAUCACUUACGACACGCCCCACCACGUCGCUUGUACUAUGGUCAUGUUAUCCGCGUGUGUAUCAACGAUGGCGCAAAACAUCUAUGAAACGAGCAUGAUUUUCUCGACCGUCUAGACCUCGUCCGCCGCCGACGAAACCCGUAUGUGCGACAAUCGCGUCUAAAAAUAAAUACCACUAAUUCCGCGUGCACGACCCGUGUCGCGGGAGUCGUAUGCGUUUUCGAUUAUAAAUUUGGUGGUCAUAGCCCGUCCGCUGGGCAUGGAUAUUGUGGAACGUUCUUCCACCGAAUACGUGUCGUGUGAAUCGUCCGUGAAACGACAGCAGUAGUGUUGUUCGUCGGGUAAUUGUCGUAUUUCCGCUGUGCACCUAAUUUAGGAACUAUCUUGUUUCUCCGACUUUUGUGAUCCUCUCAACUUACGUUUUAGGACCACGUACGUAUCGUAUCCGCCCGUCAUCAUCUAUAUGGUGCGUGUAUUCACCGAUCGUCCUAGUAGUGGCGCCAAAACGCCAGUGGUCAAUCACCUAACGUUUCGGUGGCACGGUCUACCAGAAUAAUACAGUUUUGACGAGUGAGUAUUGAUGGCUAUACUUAACUAUAUUUUGCAUUAUCGAGUUUGUUGGAGAAAAUUAUAUUUAAAAAAAAUUUACCAAAAUAGUAUUAUGGUUCCUAAGUACCUUUUGUUUGAAUGGUAUGGUCCUUUAAUUAUAGAUACCUAAUCUUAAUUCGUACUUUUCCAUAGAUCUGGUUCCUAAAAAACAAUAUGCACACAACUAGGUAUGUGUGUCUCACUUGUAUUUUAGUUAGUUAUCUAAAGACAAAAAAAAUAACUGAUCAACUUAUGAUUACUUAUUUACUUUCGAUUUGUAUAGUUAAAUUGUUCAUAUCUUGAGAUAUAAUAUAGGUAGGUAGGUAGGUACAAUAAUCAAUGGCCGUAAAAAGUAUCUAUCUAAGUAAUAAAAUAUUAUUAACAGUUAUUAUUAAAGUUUGUCAAUAUUUAAUAAAUCUAGAUUACAUUCGAUUAAGUACCUAGCAUAUUGCACAAUAUUUCAAUGCGUUUGUUUAAACUAUACAUAAAUUAGACACAGCUGAUUUUGUAUGACUAUCUAUUGUCGUUUAGUUUAAAGACUUGAAAUAUAUUGGUAAGUAGAUAUUUUGAUUCUAUGUCUAUUCCUAUAUAUUCCUAGAUACCUAAGUAUAAUAUAGUACAAGGAACACAUACUUCCUUGUAUUAUUGUGUGACACUUAUUUAUAGCCAAAUCUAUAACACAUAGAGAUCUUAUAUAUUGAAUCUACAUUAUGCACAUUAGAUUACACCUUAAAGUAAGAUUUUUUAAUUUCUAUUAGAGUACUCAUAUUUGUAUUUUGAACUCUAAAUACGAAAAUUGCAUAUUUUAUUCACUGAGGAGUACCCAUCUGGUUAGAUUAAGUUAGGUUGAGAACCAAUAUGGUUGAUUUUUUAAUUGUUUAGGUAUUUCAGAUUUAUUUAUUAGUUUUGAUUGGUACCUAUAAUAGACAAUUAUUAUUAAUAUUAAUUUGGUUAUCACUGGAAAAAUAGUAACAAACUUCUGCUAAUAAACUUAAUAAACAAGUAAAAAUGAAAUAAAAAAUGAUUUCUUUAUACUUAAAUGGCCAGAUGCUAGGCUAGAUGGUACUCAUCUAAAUAUAUGAAUGAAAAUAACUAGGUAUACUUAAAUUAUAUUUUUUUUGUUCUUAAUAUUUAGAUGUAGUGAUAGGGAUCAGGUUUUUGCAUUUAAAUAAAAUAAUUAGGGUUCUAGAAACUAGAAAUUUAUCACUCGGUAGUUUUUACUGAAAGCUAACAAUAGAUAAGUACUUACUAACUGUUCAACAAAUUUUUAAAUUUCUAUAUUAUCUUAUUUAAAUAGGUGCAAAUGACCUAAUCAAAUUUUUCAUUUAGGUAUCAACUUUUAUUCAAUAAUUGCUUUAGUAGGUAAAUUAGUAUAAAUUUUCAUAGGUACAGGUUUUAAAAUAAUUUUAAACUUUCUACUAAGCUUUUAACUGUUCUAUUGUAUAUUUGUAUUUAUUGUUUAGUGAUGUAGCCAAGUGUGCAAUUUUGUAUACAGUGUAUGUAAAUAUGUGUCAAAAUUAAUUUUAGAAUAAUAUAAAUAAUAGCAGCCUUAAUUAUUACUUGACAAUUAGGUGUACAUUCCUUAAUUUUACUGUAAGUAUAUUAGAUUUGGUUAAAAAGGUUUGAAUGUGCUAUUUUUAUAUUUUAAUGGUGCUGAAUGAAUGAAAUUAUUAAAAAUAAGUUAUAUUAGGAAUCUACUAAUUCGAGUUAGCCAGUAGGUAGUUUUAUAGUUGAAUACCUAGUUAUAUUAGAUGCAUUUGAAAAAAUUAAACUAGACGAAAGACAUUAUUAUUUGAUGGGAAAAAAAUACCUAUAUCAAGCUAUAUUAUGUAACCUUGUUUAUGAUAUAAAUAACUAUAUUUUUACAGCUGUGACCUUGAAUGAUUACAUAUGUAAUAUUGUAUGUAAUCAUCCAGGUAUUCUACUUAUUUUAUAUUGUUACAUGUUCAACUACUAAUAUAUUUAAACCAAAAAAAAUAAAUAUGUUUGAACCAUAAGACAUUUGUAGAGCAAUUUGUUUACCAAAAAAAUUGAGUUAAUAUAAACACUAUAAAUUGGUAUCUACAAGAGUAUCUACUCAAUAUCAGCUUAGCCAUCUAGUUGUAUUUUUGAAAUUUCACAGAACCUGAAUAGUGGACAUUUUUUGUUGUAUUCAAAUAUAAUUGCUUUCUUUGUUAUUCGACCAGAAUUCAACUAGUAACUCUCAAAAUUGUUUAGAAGCAAAUACUCAAUACUAAAGUUUGUUUAUUAAAUAGUUAAUAAAUCGUUGGAAAUCAUCUGAUACACAUGUUUACUCAUUUUCAUUUAUUACUUACCCAGAACGUUUAUUUAUUUAUAAGUAUUCAUUCUUCUUGUGGUCUUCAUAAUUCUCAAAUUUUUCAUCCCCAAUACAAUAUCAUAUCAUUAGUUCGGGCUGUCCCUGUCAUUGAUUAUCUCUUUCUAUUUGUCCAAUCUUAUAUUUCUUAUAUAGUUAUAUCCUCUUUAGCCAUAUCAAUCCAUUUUGGGCCAACCACUAGGGACUCUUUCCCUAAGGUUUCCAUUUUGGUAAUUUUCUGACGUAAUUUCUAAGUAUAAUUUUCAAUGUCCAAACCUAGAUGACUGUUCAUGUAGGUACCUAUUUAAUUUAUGUAAAAUGUAUUUUUAUUUAAAUAACUUAUUUUUUUUCAUUCUGAAUAAGUAGGUAUUUUUUUUUUUUGGUUUUAUAAAUAAAAAAAUAUUGUAUCUACAGUCAUUUUAAUAUGUACUCACAAUAUCAAUUUAAGUACCUGGUAAAGUGUCAACAUAAUAUGAAUUAGGUAAUACAAAAGUACCUAUGAUGAUAAAUUUGUUAUUCACUUUUAUUUAUGUAGGUAUUAAAUAUAAGUAGAUAUUAUUCAGGAAUCAGUUAUACUAAUCAGUAAUUGCCAAUAAUAAUUACUAUUAUUAUUUUAUUUUUACUUUGAUAAUACAUCUUAAGGUUAAUUAACUUCUCAUUGAACUUGGCUUUUACGUCAUUAUUAAGAUACUAAUAAAUAAUACCUAAUCAAUCAACUUUUAAAUUUUAACUUACUAGUGAUUUUGCAAUAAAUUUGAUUUGUUUUUAAAUGCUUAAAUUGAUACCUAUAUGCAAUAAAAGUUGUUUUAUAUAUAAAUUAUAACCUCGAGUAUCACCCGAACUUGGUAUUAUUAGUAAGCAAAAACAAAUUUGUAAUAAGAAAAUUGAGUUAGAUAAUUUAGUUUUAAAUUAUAUUUCUGAAAACCUUUUAAUAUCUUAAAUUGUAUAAACAAUUAUAGUUAAACAUAAUAUUAAUUAGCUGAAUUUACUUUCUAUAAUUAUUAUUAAAUGAUAAAAUAAUUAAGUUAAAACAAAAUUAUCGAAUAGUUAAUUCUCUUAAAUAAAUAUAUAAAUGUAAAUAAAUGUAUUCCUUAGUUUAUUUUUUCAUAUUCAGUUGCAUAUUACUUUUGACGAUGAAUUUUUUUAUUCGAAACCGACCGUACAUUACACAUAUCAUAAUACUCCAGGUGACAAAUUCAUUUAUUUAUUUAUAUAUUUACAUUAAACAAUUGUACUGAUCAAGCUAAUGAUUAUUAAAAUUGCAUUCUGACUGGUAGGUAUUAAAAAAAUGUAUAAUAUAUACCAUUUGAAAUAUCCCAAAAUUAUUUUUAUAGACUGGAUUAAAUACAGUUAUAUCAUUAGGUAUUAUGUCAAAAAUAUCUUUAAUUAUGAAUAGUUAAAAAAAAAAAAAACAUGUUCAACAAAAUUAUCACUAGUAUAAUUCUUCCGCAACUAUUUUUUAUACUAUUUACAUAUUUUUUGAAAAACAAUAAUCAUAUUCAUUUGGAUAUCUGUAUAGGAGUUACAUAAAUAGAUACACAUGAAUACUUAAAUAAUUUAAAAAGCUUUAGACUAAACUUCAAUACAAUUUUUAGAAUGUGAAAUAAUUUUUCAUUCUACUGAAACAUUUCCUACAUACUUAACUAGUCUAAUAGAUUUAUUACAUAAACUUAUUUUUAUCUGAAUUUUUUUAAUUUGUUAUAUGAAGUAAAAAAAUACAAAGUUGGGUUUGUAGAAUUAAGAUAAUUUUAAAAUAAAUAAUGUUUAUUAAUAUUCCUUUCCAUUUAAAUAUAUCGAGUACACUAAGAAAAAUAUGUUUAGCUGCGUCACUGUUGUAUGUUUACUAAAUGUUCAAUUUUCAGUGUAAAUAUGCUAAAUAUUGAAGAACUACUAAAAAAAAUUAAUUUUAGUUAUAAAUUGAGUAAUUAUUACUUUAGGUACUUUAUGAAAUAUUCUGUGUACAUGUAUUAUAUUAAAUUUAUCUUUCUAUUCUAAAUUGUAAGUUAAUGUAUGCACUUUUAAGACUUUUAUUUUUAAUUAAUGAAAUUUGUUUGUGUUUCAGAUAAUUACAAGAUGCAACAAAUCCUAAAUCAACAGCUAACAAUUUUGUAUCAAAGACACUUAACAUAUUCAAAAAUAUUAAUAGUUUGUCAAUGUGUUCAUUGUAUGUUAAAUAAGUGAUUAUAGUUCAAUUAAAAAAAUUAUUAUUUAUUUAAAAUGGUGGACACACGUACAUUAACUGAUUCGGCUGAGAAAGAGAGACAAGAAAUGGAGCAGCUAACUAAACUUAUGACUAUGAAGUCUGUUCAAAUAAUUGUUCAGUCAAGAAUGGGGGACAAGUUGCAUACAUACUGUACUAAUCAAAAUAGUUCGGUAAGCAUUAUUAUUUAUUACCUAAAUAUUGUAGGUGUUUAUAUUAAAUAACAAUAUAUUUAAUUUAAGAAAAUACAUUUGGAUAAUAAGUUUUAAAUUAAACCAUUAGAAAUGUACAAAUUUCAUUAUCUGAAACAUUUAUUAAAAUAGUUAUGAUUUUUCAUAAAUCAAAUUUUAAUUUAAUAUUAAGUUGGUCAUGACUCGUAAUUUAGUGAAUGAGUUAGUAUAGGUAUUGUACUGUACUUUAAUACUAAAUUAAAAUUAACCCAGUAGAGAAGAUGGAGGUUAGACAUUGUGUCUGGUUAACUGGUUUAUUUAAAAAAACUCUGGUUCCUGUAGCUAUAUUUACCUGUAAAAACACCUUUCUAGUAAAAUAAGAACGGGUCUAAUUUUUGUUGUUAACAAUUGAUGCGAUCAAGUGAGAUUUGGAAUACUUAGAUAAAAUUUAAUACUAGUAAUAACCUAUUAUACCUAUUGAAAUAUUGAUUUAAAAUAUGAAAUAAAUAUGUACUUAAAUUAUGUUAGUUUAAAUUUAUACUAGGAUAAUUAAAAACAACAUACCUGUUCACCUUGGGUCAAACAUAUUAUAUACCUACUAUUUAUUUUAAAUGUCAAUGAAAUAAUGAAUUAUUGCACAUUUUAAAAUAAUUCCUUGUACAGUUCUUAGUUUAUUUUAGUUAGAAGACAUUUUUUAAUUUAAAAUGUUCAUAAAAAAUUGGAUACAAAUGUAUGUAAUUUGUUAAAUAUAAUAAUAGGCAUUCAUUAUAUUUUCAUGUUUUUUAUAUUAUUUUAUACUGUUAGAUAUUUCAUUUAGAACAAUUACCUUUAAUUUGUAUUCAUUUUUUUUUUUAAUUGUGAUACAGAUUCAAUAUUAGAAUAUUGAAGAAAUUUGAAAAGUACCACAUUUAUAAUGUAUAAUUGUUUAAUAUUCUUAUUGCUAUUUAAAUACAUUAUUAACCCGCAUUCCCAUGACUGGUGUAGGUGUCAAAUACACUAAUAAUUGAACAUUUAACCAGUAAAUGAUUUGGGUGUUCAUACGACUAGCAUACUCAAUAAGUACACCAAUACUUAAGCAUUUGUAUAAGUAGCCAAUUAUACCAUUCCCACAGCUUGGCUGUAUAGCAAAAUAAGGAAAAUCCAAAAUAUUAAAAAAAUUGAUUAAUAUUUAGUAUUUACAACAGCGUAGCAUCCCAGUUUAAUUAUUUUAAUAUUUUCAUCUUAUGUUUUCUACCAGAUAUAUUACUCUAAUCAAAAAAUGACAAGAGAUUGAUUUUGUUCCAUUUAACAUAUAGCCACUGACUGAGAAAGUCGUUUUUUUGAUUUUCUUUGUAGUUUUUCUAAUAGUUUGAGCAUGAGCAAAACUGAAAAAUACAUCGAAAUAAUAGGAAAUUUUACAAAGUUGAUGCUUUUAUUAUUUUCAAUUUUGUGUUUUCGUUGUAAUUUAGGUUAAAAUAUUUUAGAGACUUGAAAUGCUGACUAAAAAAUUGUAUUUAAUUUUUCUAAAUGUGAUAAAACUUUCAGAACAUUUGAGCAAUUUUUGAGUUAUUAAUAGACAUUUUAAUUUUGUGAGUUUUUUUAUGUAAUUUUUAUUUAGUGUGUAUUCUGUAAAUAAAUUGUUAACUUAAGAGAAAUGCUUGAACAUUUCACAGGAGGUUCAUUAAAAGUUGCAUUUUGUGGUCUAAGAAAAAAAUGUGCGCUUAUUGUGUAGCAUUUUUUUUUAUAUAAAGGAAUUUUAAUAUCAAAAUUUUAACAAAAUAAUUUGAAUAAAAAUUGUAUGGAAUAAAUCUAGUUACUGGUCCAUGCAAAUUUUUCAAAUUAUUUUGUUUAGAACUUAUGUAUAUUGCAAAUUUAAGAACCAUGGUGAAAUCACAAUUGAGCUAAAUUAAUUAGUUUCAAAAUACUAGCUUUUUAAAAUUCUGAUAUUAUGCGGACAUUAUAUGUGUUAUCUUAAAUAACUCAACAAUAUCAAUAUUAUAAUAUGUCUGUCAUAGUUUAGUGGUAGCCUGUACCUGUAGUUAACGCAGAGUUCAUGAGUUCAAACCCUAUUACAAAAACAUUUUUUUGCAAAACCACAUUGGGUAAGUAACAGGGAAAUAACAAAUGCAUUUUGUUUCAAAAAAUAAAAUUGAAUGUAAUGCUUGGUUUUUUUUUUUAUAAGAGUUUUAAAAUACAUUUUUACCAAAAACCGUGAUUAUUAUGGCCUUUCAAUACUUGUAUAAACGAAUUCCGUUUCGAAUCAUUUUUUCAUUAUCAAUAGUUUAUUGUUGGUUGCUAUUAUAAAUUACAUAACUAGGUAUACCACCUUCCUCACUAUCUACCUGCAACAAUGACUUUACUCGUCGUCAGUAUCAGCUCUUUUUUUAAAAAUUUUGUUGUGGAAAAACAAAAAUUUAUUUCUAAUAAAUUAGAAUUUUUUUUCUUAAUAAUAAAUUAGAACAAGACGUAUAAAAAGUGAAAUUUCCAAUUUUAUAUCUAAAGCCUUUUAUAUAACCUUACCUUGAUUGUUAUCUAUUUAUUGCAGUAAACUGUUAUGCUGUUCUACUAACCUACUUUAAUUUUUUUUAUCAUUUACUAUUUUGUGCAACCACAAUAAAUAUAUUAUAUUGUAGUAAGGGGGAUAUUUUAUAUAACUUGUACUUACUGUAUUUUUUUACUACCUUUAUAUAUUUUUAGAAUCUAAGCGUUCGAGAAAUAGAAUGGCUUUACUACAGUUUUUAUGAACUUUUCUACCAAAAAUCUUUCUUCGAUCAUCAAUUUCAGGUGUGGCUUCUUAUAAAAAAUUGUUUGCUUAGCUAAUGCAUCAGGGAAGUCAUUUUUUAAUAUUCCAAUCAAUUUUCAUAAUAAUCAAGAAAUCUGGAAAUAAAAAAAAAAAAAUUUACAGCAAUACAAAUUUCAUUAUUUUCAACUUUUUAAACUUUUUUUCUACCAGAAACUAUUCCAAAUUUAAAGAGUAGUAUUUUUCCUGAAUGAAAUGUUUAGUUAGCACGUAAAAUAAUUGUUUUGCUACUUUUUGUGUAGUUUUCCUGAUGAUUUGGUAAAAAGGUAAAUUAUUAAUUAUUGGUUUCAUAUUUUCAACUUUUUUUAUAAAUAUAUAACUUAGUUGAAAAUAGUCGUAUAAGCCUGAAAUUUGAAUACUUUUUGUUUUUAGUUAACUACCAUACCUUAACAGAAUACUUAGAUUAGCCUUUCGGACAAAUUUUCAAAAUAUUCUGACUAUUUUAGGCUAUUUAUAGGUAUAGAUCAUUUUCAAGAUUUUUUGGUUUUAUGUGAAUUCAUUUUUUUGGCUAAAUAGAAAUUCUUGAAAAUUUAAAUAAGGUAACAUUAAAGGUUAUAAUUAAUAAAAAAAAAAAAGUUGAGCGUUGUGAAUUUUUUUUAAUUGUUUCAAUUUUUAAUUUUGGUGAAAAUAGUAUAAAUGACGAAAUUUUAAAACUUUUUUAACCAAAUUGGUUCAGAUUUAUUAUUUUUGAUUUAUAUAUUAUCAUUGCCUACAGAUAUAAAUUAAAUAACUUUAUGUAUUUUACCUUCUUAACUUUCCACCUACAACCUUGAGCCUAUUAGCAUUAUCAGAAUUUUUUUUAUAACUAAUGUUAUUUAUGUAUACAAAUACCCCAUUUAGUUAUUGUUAUCAAGAAUAAUCUAUGUUACACAAAAUUUAUUUUGUUAAGAAAUGUUUGAACAAUUAUAAUGUAAUUAUUUUUGAAUUUAUUUUAUUAAUUUGAGUAAAAUAAAAUAUUAACAAUUGUUUUGGUGUUUUAUUCAGUAGCUAUAUGUUCAAAAUUCUAAUCUAAUUUUAUCUAAUUGACUAAAUCUUGUCAAGUAAGAUAUCUUAAAAGCCUUGUAAUAAGUUAUAGUUGGCGGCUAUAUAUUGAUAAAAAGUGUGACUGAGCUAAUAAAUUGUUUGGAUCGUUUUUUAAAUUAUUAUCAUUUUUUUUUUGAGAUGGUUAAACUGGUAUAUCUAUAUUUAUUUUACACUUUUUAGAAUAACUGUAACAUAUAUUUAAAUUUUUACACUAAUUCUGGUUCAAACAACCAUAAAAUUUAUUUGUAAAUGUAAUUUAACUAUUUAUUAUAGGAUAUUAUAAUAUUUAAUGCUUCACCAAGAUAUUACAAUUUUGUUAUUUGUUUGUAUUAUAUACUGUAAUACUGUAUUGUGUAGUAUUCUUAUGUUGUGUUGCUUCUUACUACAUAUAUAUGUCCUAGUGUAGAUGUCUAUACAAAUUAAAUGUGAAAAGCCAAAUUGUAUAUGUCUGUGGUGUGAUACGGGACAGACUGAAAAUUAUAAAGAAUGAGAUAUACAAAUCUAAAUGACCUCACCAAAUGUUCUAAUUAUACUGUUACAAUGGUUAUAUAGGUACCUACCUAUAUAAUUCAUUCAUUAGUCGUGUGUAUGUAUGUGUAUUAUGGAGAAAAUAUACUCAAUUGCGUAUAUAGAAAUUAAUCUUUCCUAACAAAAUAACUAUCUACUUAAAAUAACAGCAGACAUACUUAUCACAAUGGGUGGGUCAUUGUUUUUAGUGAGAAGUUAGGCAGGUAGGGUAUAGGACAUUGAAUGUAUCUCUGUAUGCAAUUAAUCAUUGUUAAAAAAAAAUGAUUUUGAGCGGAGUUAGAUUAUACAUGUUUUAAAAGGCUGUAAUAUAAUAUUUACAUUUUUUAUCAUAAUUUAAUAUUAAAAUUUUUAUUUAAAAAAAAAAUACUUCAUUAAACUCAUCUUUUUCCUGUUAACCUGUAAGUGCAACCUCCUGAAAAUAAUGAAAGUAUUAUGUUUAUGAAUUUUCCUACGUUCUUUCCCAUUUAUUAAUAAAACUCUUAAGAAAGUCAAAAUAUUUCCUGUUUAAAGUAUAAACCCAGGAAAACUCUUUCAGAAAAGGUACUAAACUUUAUACUUCGGAGCAUGAUUUCUGGUAGAAUUUUUGUACAGAGUAUUAAAAAAAAUAAAUAAAUAAAUAUCAUUGUAAAACCAAUUUAUUUUCUCUUAGAAUCUAAAGUAUUCUUACUUUUUUUUAUGUAAAAAUAAAUAUUAUUAAAAAAUGUAUUUAUAAAAAUAAAAUUAAUUAAUUAAUUAAUCAAUGUGUCGCCUAGAAUAUUAUACAACCAGUUUUGAAUUAAAAAUUCAUCAUCAGGUAUAUCACAGUCAGAAUGUAAAACGUGUUGAUGAUGAAUUUUUAAUUUGAAACCCGUUGUAUAAUACAUUUAUAAUACUCUAGGCGACAUAUUGAUUCAUUUAUUUAUUUUAUUUUUAUGUAUUUAUUUAGAAGUAUUAACCAUUUUAAUAAUUUUGUUUUUACUUUAUUAUUUUAUUAUUCAUAACUUUUGUCUUUCAGAUGAAUAUUGCUAUCAAAGAAAUCCCGGAGGUAGUAACUGAAACAAAACUGGCACUAAGUAAUGGACUUGGAGAUUCAGUGCCUCUGUGUGUAGAAAUUUUUUUGAAAACUAUUGAUGGAGAUACUAUGACAUUAGAAACAUGGAGCAUUGGUUUAUUAGCUGAAAAUACCUUUGACCCAUUUUGUUCUCGGCAUUUAGUUUACACACUUUAUAACAGAUUAGGAGUUUUAUUAAAAUCAUUAGUGUCAGUUUCCCGAGUAAUACCAGCUUAUCGGUACUCUAAACUACAAGGAAAUGAUUGUUAUCAAGUUCAUCAUCGAAUUUAUGCUGGAGAACCACAAGUACAUACACUUGGUAAGUAUAUUAAAUUAUAAUUUGAACGUUAAAAUUAUGAAUUGUAUAACCUUAAUUUUUUUAAAACAAAAAUAAUUUAAUUCAAUAUUCCAAUGCUGUUUCAGUUUAAAUUAAAAAAAUAAUAAUAAUUUACAUAAAAAAUAUUUCCUGUUCCCUCAUUAACAUUAAAUUUGAAUAUAAAUUUAUUUAUAAUUAAUUGCUACAAGAAUAAUAUACUUUUCACUAAUUAGUUGUGAAAAAAAUGAAUAUUAGUAGGUAUUUAAUUUAUUUUAAUGUUAAGUAUUUAUUAAAUUUAUAUUAUAGUUAGUAGGUUCAUUGACAUAUAAAUUAUAUUAUAAUAUUGUGUAAAUCAAAUGUAGAAAGAUAUAUAAUAUAUUUAUUAUAUUUUACUUUACAAUAAUAUCAAUAAGUAUUAGUAACUGAAUUAUUAUAUUAAUUGGAACAAAAACUCUUAAAUAAUGGAUUUAUUUGUACCUAGUAUACAAUGUAGGUAUACAAGUUAAUUAGGUUACAUUAGUGUAAGUAUACAGAGUAGCCCACAAAGAUAUAUCCAUGGUGAUAUCUUGGAUUACCGUAAGCUAUUAACUUUUUUCAGAAAUAUUUUUGACAAUUAAAGAAACAAGCAUCGUUAAAAUGUUUUAUUUCCAUCAAAUCAACCCAUUAAAAAAAAUAUUACACUUUUAAGUUUGGGUAGAGGAGAGUAGUGGAGCACUGUUCAGCCGGAUUGACAGAAAUCAGAAAUUUUGACAUUGCAGUGGGUUUAUCUUUGUGAGAUGCCUUAUAUUAUAAUUAAAUAUGCUUGUUAAACUUUUAAAAAUGUAGGUAAAUAAAUACCUAUGUAAUUAUAAUUUGUUUAGUUUAAAACAAUAAUUAUUUCAUAAUUAUUUACUAAUAUAUACCAUUGAACUUACAAUUUUUGUAAGUAGAAAUUCUGAAAUUUCUUAUUUUUAUUGAUUUAUGUUUAGUAUAAAAAAAGAAUUUUUGGAAUUGGAACAAAAAUGAAAUAUUCCUUGAAAAUUUAUUUAUUUAAAGUUUAAACACCCUGAAGGGGUAAAGAGUACAGUUAAAAUGACAAAAGAUUAUACAAUGUAAAUCUAAAUAUUGAAUAUUAGAUUAUACAAAAAAGAAAAAAAAAUAGUAAAAAUGGAAACUAAUAAAAUGAGUGAACAUUUUACCAUCCCAACUAGACAUUAAAAUGUAACUGACAUUUUAUAAACUAAUUAGAUUGUAAUAACAUUACAAAGUUUUUAUUAUUUUAACUUCUCUUUAUUAAAAUCAAAUUCUGCAUUUCUUAUUAUAAUUCUAUAAUAUGUUUUCAUAUUUGGGGUCUCUGUUGUAAAUUUUUCCUAAUCAGUAUAAAUAGACUAUAUAGUAAUAUUUUUCAUACAUAUAAUAAUAUGCUUCUACUAUUUUAUAUAUUUAAGAAGCACAAGUUUAUAAGCUUAAAACUAUAUACAUAUAUUUAUAAAUUCUAAUUUCCUAGAAAAUGUUGUUAUUUACAUUUUAAUAAUAUUAUGACGUGGUCUUUAUAUUGUCAUAAUUAUAUGUCUUCUAAUGAAAACCUGUAUUUGUGAUAAUAUCUUUUAUACCGUGUAUAAUAUAGUUACAACAAAAAAAUAUUGCAUGAAUAUAAUUAAUGAAUAGUAUUGGGGACAUAAAACAAUACAUUCCAAUGUUAUUACCAUGACAUUAUUCGGGUAUAUUGUUGUAAUUAAUGAUUUUUUUUUUUUUUAUAUAUAUACUGUGAGUUGCGUUUAUUUUAAAAAUAAUCAGAAUAAUUUAAAUAUAUUGGAGAUUAUAUGUUUUUAAAUUUAUAUUAUCUCAUCUCCUUCUUAAUAAUAACAUGUUUUCUUGUUUAGUAUGGUAUUAUAAAUAUCUCUACUGUAACUAUAUUAUAGAAAUAUAAAAUUUAAACCUACAGAGUAUAAAAAAUAUACAUCAUGUAUCCAAAAACAUUAAAAUCAGAUUGAUUCAUAAUUGUUGUUGUUAUUUUAAUAAUUAAGUACACUUACAAAAUAUUUAUACAAUUUUGGGUGCAAGUGGUGUACUUUGUGUAUAUGUCCACUUAGUCGGGUUUCUCUAAUUGAAAUGAAGUAUGAGGUAAUUUAAGUUAUAAUUUUUAUUCUUUAAAUGUAUAAAUUGGUUUACUAAUUUGUUAUUUAAAUUUUUUCAACUAAAUUCUAAAAGUUAAAUUUUAGUAUCAACUUUUUCAUCAGAGCUUUGUUUUAUCCAACUAUGGAAAUAAAAUAUAUAUGAAGUUGAGUAGUUUCCUGUGUAGCAAACUGUUAAUUAUUAUUAUUAUCAAUUAGGUAUGAAAAAUAUUUUGAAACACGUGUUCUUAAAACAAUUUUAUCUGUACAUUAUAUACUAGAAAGACUGAUGAGUGAUGGCUAAUAUUUAUAUCCGUUAAUAUUCGUUAAUACAAGGCAUUAUAUUGAUAACUUUGUAACAUAUGCAAAUUAAAUUUUAGUAGUGUAGAUGUUUAAUUUUUUUUUUUCUAUCAACAUUUUGUUAACAUAAGUAAAAUUUGUUCCUAAAAUAUGUAUACUGUAUAAAACUAAAAAACCUUUUAGUUUUAAAUUUUUACUGGACGAAGUUCAGUUGAUAGUAAUACUUAAUGCUUUGUCAAAAAAUAUAUAUGUCAUUGUGGUAAAAUAAUUAAAUAGGCAUUAUAUAUUUUCUUUAAUAAUAUUUGUUUAAUAUUGUACUGAUUUUCCUAUUUUUUCUAAGUUUUUCACAUUUACUAGGAAAACUCUUGGGAAAAUCGAAAAAUUACCUAUCUCAUUAUCAUCCCAGUCAAAUUUCCUUUUAGAAAAAGCGCUAUCAUUGUAAAUCUGAACAAAAUUGCUGGUAGAAAAGUAUCUACAGAAAUCUAAAUCUUAAUUUAUAAUAUACAAUAAUAACAAUAAUUUGCAAGGGCUUAUGUUUUGUACAAGUUGUGAUUUUGCUUACCGUAAUAUGCCAUGUGUCAAAUAUAUUUGUAACCAUUAAAUCAUCAAAAUAUAAUAUUUAUUUAAAUAUUAAUUACUCUUAUCAUAUAAACUUAUUGUGCUAAAUUAUAUAGAUUGUUUAUGUAAAAUAAAAAUAAAAAUAAAAAAUAAAUAUAUUAAUCAUCAGCAGAUUAAAAAAAUGUAAGGUCGAGUAUCACAAAUGUUAAAUUUUUACUUUCACUUGUCUUUUGGUCGUCAUACCUAGAUGAAUACCUUUUUUUUAUACCUAGCAUAAUCUGAUGAUUGCAAACUACAUCUACAAACAAUUACGACCGUUUUGGUUCAUGUAAGUUAGUCAUUCAUUCCAUCAAUUUCUAUUUUUUUUUUUAAGUUUCAAACACUUACCAGUAUUUAACUGUUUUCUGUUUAACUUUUAAAGCCUUGUUUAGAUUUCCACAAAAAAUGAACUGUGUUACUCAAUGUAAAUUGUAACUAAUAAACUGAAAAAAAAAGGCAAAUGAGAUUUGAUUUCUUCUAUAUUUUUUUUUAUUAUUAUAAACAAUAUAAUUUUUUAAGAAGUUGUUAACAUUUCCUACAAUACCGGCUAUUAGUAAAUAAUUUAUCCAUUAAUAUUAUGCUUAUAUUUCUUAAUAUGUUUACAAAAUGAUUAGUGACUAAUGAACAUCGGACAAUGAUUAACUAAUAUUAAAACAUUUUACAUAAUAUUAUUAUUGAUUUGUUAUUUUAAAGAAUAGAGAUAAUAUCUACAUAUGAGUGUUCAUGUAAUUACACUAUUAAUGUGUUUAUAUUCAUUUAUGGCAUUUUUUUUUUUAUUUUUAAUAUAUACAUGAUGAUUUUAUAAAUUGUAUGGAAACAUUUAUUAUAAAUUGUUUUUUAUUUCCAAAUGUCUUGUAUCUCUUUUCAUUUUACUAAACAAAUAAUUAAUAUUAACUUUUGGCUUAGUUAUAAAAUAUAAAAGCUUUUAAUCAUUUUUUUGUGGUUUAGAAGAUUAGGUGGAAUACUUUUCCCUUGGCCUUCUAAACAUCAAAUCAUACAUAAUAAAUUAUUAUUAUUUUAUUAAACAUUAAAUAUUAAAAUUAUAUCUGGUAUAUAUAUCUACCUAUUUGAAUAACAAAAUGUAAUAUUUUGUUAUAGAAUUUUAAUUAUAAAUUUACAUAUAUUUAUUUCAACUGAUUUUGUAAUUGCAUAUUUUCUAUGGUUUUUCAAAGUAUUUUAUAGAGAUGAAAUAAUAUUGUGUAUACAUUGCGGUUGAAAUAAUGUAUUACUACCAUUACAAAUAUUAUCUGAUAUUAACAUGGAUUUAUCAUUUUCACUUCAAAAUUAUUGUAACCAUCAUUGACACCUGUUGUAUAAUAUUUUAUAUUUUAAAAAAACAUUUUAUCAUUUUUCCGGUUAUGUAAUAAUACUAAUUGAAAUGUAAACUUAAAUUUAAAUAACAAUUUUUUUUUAUAUGACAUUAUAAUACUAUGCAGGUACCUGCUUUCGUUUUUUUUUUUUUAAAUUACAAAUUUGAUUCGUACUUAUACAAGAGUCAUGAAUUAUAAAUGAUUAAAUAAUUUAUUCAUGAUAAGAAUUUGCAAUAUUUUGCAUAUUACGUUAGGUAGGGAUUUAGACUUAGCUUGUUUAAACAUAACAAGCAAUAAUGGUUGGAUGAUUAUUAUCCAAUUAUAAUAUUGAUAAGUGAGAAAAAACAAUAAUUUUGUCUACUAAAAAUAUAAAAUCGAAAAAAUAUAUGUAUUAUAUAUUUUAUUCCUAAUCUUAUUUAUGUAUUACUUAUAAUGUAUGUAUCCAACAGUAUUAAUAAAUCAAAAAUACAUUUCAUGAAUAUUUUUUUUAAAAAUGAGUUUUAUUACAAUAAUUAUUUUACUGUUUAGAAUAGUAUUGUAAAGUAUAAUAAGAUGUUUUAUAUAAUUCAACAAUGUCAUGACCCGGAGGUGCAUCCAAAUAGUUGCCAAUAAAUUUGUUUUCACAAAUUUUAGAGGUCAAGUUGCACAAUAGAACUAAUGACUAGAGAUUGACCGGUCUCCAUUUUGUAUUAUAUAUUAUAUAUAUAAUAUAAUAAUAUAUUCUAUUAUUAUGUUUAUUUUCACUGAUAAACAUUUUAAUAUAUUACUCAGAAAGAAAUAUUUAUAAUAUUAUUACCUUAUGUUAUAUAUUUUACUGUUUUCUAAAAUAAAAAUAUCACAAAAGAAAAUUUAGUUUGCCAACAAAAAUCAUACAGUGGUAAAUCAAUAUUAAUAUUGGAUUUGUUUGAAAUGUGUUACAGGGAAAGAAUAUAAAGAGUUAAAAAUUGGCCAAGUAUCAAUGCCCAUUGGGACUAUUCAAGUGGCAGUUUGUUAUCGUACUUCUAUGACUUUAAUGUCUCAACAGGAUCCUAUUAUGCUCAAAAGUGAUCAUUUUCGAAAAGAGUACAGCCCGCGACACAAUCAAAUGAUCAAAACACCAAUGUAUGUUUUAAAAAUAUAUAUAUUUAUAUGUAUAAUUUAUUCUAAUUAUUUAGGUAGUUUAGGUAUUGUUCAUGAAGUUUCUGAGAAUAAAAUGGCAUUGUUAGAUUAGGUUGCUCCAGUUCCAAAUUAUGGACAAAUUCUUUAAAGUAUUCAAAUGUUUUGAAAAAAAAACAAAUAUACUAAAAAAUCUGCUUAAUUGUGUUACCAAAAUAAUACAAUGAAAUAUAAAAAUUGUAUAACAAGUUCAUUAAAAUAUAUAUAUAUAUAUAUUAUAAAUAUUAUAGAUAAUAUAUUAUUUAUUAAGAUCAUUUAUGUUCUGUUUAGUUAAGUUUCAAAAGGUGUAACCUGUUUAUAAAUGUAGACAUUAGAAAAUUAAAUGUGUACACUUUAAUUAUUAAAAUUUAGUCUAUGAACUCCAUUUUAUAGCUUUAUAUAAAUAUAUAUUUUUUUUAUGUUUAAAUUUAGUGAUGAAGAGUCCAGAAAAGCAUACAUUAUGGAUGAUUGGACUGUGGGUGCCUUUUCAGAUAGCCUAGAAGAAAAAGUUAAGAAUUUAAACUUAUAUCGUAUUCCUGAAUUUCCAAAGGAUACGUUUAUAAAACCAAGAAAAAAGGCUGAAUAUUGGCCGCCUCAUAUGGUGUCCAGUAAUCAAUUGCAAAAAAUUCAACAGGACUCAAUUAAUGAAAACAAUAAUUCAAUUACAAAUUCCACUCAAAACAGCAUUGUUAUUAACCCUGUAAUUACUAGUAAUGGAAAUUCAACUGAAACUCAGAACAAAAUCAAUCAUUUGAUGAAUACAUCUAGCAAUGAUUUUAUUAUGGUAGAAUUGGUAAUUUUAUUAAUAACUAACUUAGGUUUAGUACUUUUUUUAAAUUAUUUUGAAUUAACAAAUAUUGGGAAAUUUAAUACCUUUUAUUAGUUUGCUAUUGGAUUUUGCUUAAUGUUUCAAAUAAAUGUUUUAGUGGUUAAUUAUAAUUUCUGUAGUGUUAUAUUGAUUUUAUUUCAGGGCCAGUCUGUAAAACCACGUACACCAGAAGAUUUUUGCCGGCGACGUAGUUGCGACACUAACCCAUUGCAAUUUCAGCCAGCUGCAUUUUCUGAUUCUAACCCUAACACUCAAUUGGCACUGUUCUAUCAAACAUUUCUUACAGCUCCGCCAUUAAAGGUUUGUUCUGAUCAUUUGAAUAUCUGCAAUCACCUGUCAGAAAUUGUUGAUCAAAUUAAAUGUUUUGAUGAACGAAUGGAAGAAUUUGACAAGGUAGUAUUAGAUUUAUGUCACAAAGAUAAUGACAGUGAAGACAUUUAUUGAAAAACAUACAUACCUUCAUACUGUUUGUAACAAGACUGACUGUCAGAACGAGUAAAAAAGCUCAACAAUUAUAAGUACUCUAUAAUAUAUAUAUUGUAUACAUUCACGUACAAUGUAUAUUCAAAUUAUGUACUUUUCUGUUAAUAUUUUAUAAAGAAAAAAAGUUAUAGCAAAGUUAUAAAUAAUGCCAAAACGUAAUUGUUUUAUUUAUUUUCUAAGCAAAUGACUGAUUGACAAUUCAAUGAAUUAAUAAAUUAUUUAUAAUUAUUAUCCUCGCGUAGGGUAGUGAUGGUUUUUUAAAAAUCACACGUUUAAGCCUGAAAGUUCCUCCUUUUCGUUAAACAUAAAGCAAUUUUGUAUUUAUGUUUAAUGAGGUUAGUUUUAAUUUUUAUUUAAUGUAUUUUAUUAAGUUACCUUAUAUAAAAAAAAAAAUAGAUAUUCUAAUUUUCUUUCUUCUUCUCCCCUACCUUCCUUUUAAAUAGGCAACUUAUAUAUAUUUUAAAUGAAACAAUGCUCAAUAUAAUAUAAAUUGUUAUAUUUAUUACUCAUAUGUUUACUACCGCCUUUUUCUUUAUAUUUUAUUCUAAUCAAUACAGGGUCAGUAUGAAUAAUCAAUUGUUCAUUCUUAGAUAUAUUUACCCUUUUAACCUAAAAUAACUAAAAUAUAAACUAAUAACUAAAAUAAAAGUUCCCAAGUAUAUUACCUAUAUCUGUAGUAUAAACAUCCAUUAGGUACCACUGAUACAUUACUUUUAAAAACUUAUAUUAGUUGCCUGUUUAUUAUUAUAUUUGUUGUCUACAUUAUUUUCAGUUUCCUUUUCUUUCUUUUUUUAAGUUUUAAUUUUUAUUUAUAAUUGUAGUCAAUUGUUACUGUUGAUUAUAACAAGUGGAGGAAUUUUGUAUUCAUUUAUGUACCAAGAAAAAUAUAUUAAAACAAAUUAUAUGUAUGUAAAAUUGAUUAGUAAUUCAUAUUUUUAAUUCAAUUGUUUUUUUUAUAACUACAGAAUUUACCAGUCUUUAGAAAAUUAUUAUUGAUUUGUUACAAAUUUAUACUGAAGUGAUUUGAUUUUAUAACUACUCAAAUGUCAUAUAUAUUACACAUAUUACAUUUAAACAUCUUUUGAAUACACAAUAUGUUAAAAUUAUAACCACCAUCAUUUUGAAAUAAAUAAAUGAACCAACAUUAUUUGUACGUACAUUUGUCAUUGGAAAUUAAACCUGAAUAUCAAUCAAUAUAUAUAUAUAUAUAUAUAAUUAUGUGUAUGAAAUUAAACUAUUUAAUACAUUUUGAACGUUUUAAAUAAUAUUGUCAAUACUUUUUUUUCUAUAAUUUAUUUUAUAUUUGACUUAUCAAAUAUAUGUUUAUGGUUUAAAAUGAUAAUUUUAUAUAUUAUUAUUCCUGAUAAUGUACUCUCUAAUUAUAUGUUGUUAUUACUCUUUAAUGACAAAGGCAUAAGUACCAUUUAUUAUAUCAAAAUAAAUAAAAGCAUAUCAUAAGUAAGUAAUAAAUAUAAUAUUUCUAUAAUUUAGAGUACAAAGUUCUACAAGCUAUAUGUAUAUAGUGAAUGGUUAAUAAUUACAUACGCACAAUCUGAUUAAACUAAUACAAAUUGUAUAUUCACAAUACAGUCUGCCCAGGUCAGAGUCCAUAGGAGACAGAUAUACAUUUUAUAUUUCGAUCAUUGAUACUCAGUAUCCUUUAAAUAAUUUUAUUAAAAAAAAAAAAUAGUAUUGUUCUAAAUAAAUCAAUAUUAUUUCGACAAACACAUUUACAUGACAAUGAUAGAUGCAAUUUUCUGUUGCAUAUUACACAUUUUUAAUUAUUUGUUUAUAUUAUUACAAUUGUCAUAUAUUGUAUUAGUUACAUAACAUAUACUUAAAAUUAUAACAUGGUUGGAAAAACACACUAGCACGACAAUGCGUGGUUAAGGAUAUACUAAUAAUAUUAAAAAGAUAAUCUUAAUGAUAUAAUAUCAUUAAAAUCAUUAUAAAAUUAAAAAUAAUCUGUUCUUAUAAUAAAAAUUAUUGUAAAACUCACAUGAGACGCUUUCUCACAUAAAAAAUUAUUUUGUACCAGUCCCUUAACAUUUCCUAUAUUAAACAGUGUAAAAACCACGUGAUAAAAUACAGUUUUUCUAUAUAUAAUCAGAAAUACAGUCUUUUGUUAAGCAGUUAAUAAUAAAUAUAUAAAAUAACGAUUAUUUGUGGUUAAGUGUUAUGCAGUUGGCAAGUUUGUAUCAUUAAUUUUGUGUAAGUAUAUGAUAUAAGUGAAAUAAUAUUUAUAGUGAAUAUAAUAAAUAUGUAUUUAUGUAUACAUUUAUCAUCUGUUAUUUUAACUAUGUUUCUUAAUAAAAACUAAAUAGUUUACAAUAUUUUUUUUUUUUUAAUUCUCACAUAAAACAAUCUUUAGAGUGGUUCCUUGAAUAGUAUCAUAACCCUUUCAUUACUCAACUAAAUAAUUAAAAUAUCAUUACUCAACUAAAUAAUUAAAAUAUCAUUUAAUCAAAUAAUCAAUUAUUUAAUAUUAAGAUAUAGAUCCAUAGUAAUGACUAAAAAUUUAUGUCCAUUGAAAUGGACAGUGGUAAUGAAAGGGUUAAGCGAGUUUUACUGUACUUUAGAAUUAUUAAUAAUUUGGCAAUAAAUGCGAUUAUAUAAAAUAUUAAACUAUUUUAUUAUUUUAGGAGAACAAUUAUGACUUCUUGAUUUUUUUAAGUCUUCAUAAUUUUUACAGGUUUUAAUACUAUUCUAACAUUUUUAAAAAUAAUUCUUGUUUAUACUUAAGUUGUUCCAUGUUAGGUUCAUUGUAUGGAAUAUUCCAUGCAGACAAUCUAGCGUUAAAUAUAUUCAUUGAUUUUCUGACAUAAUUUAAUACUGUUGCAAUGCCAAUGUUCUGGUUAAUGAAUUGCCUAGGAAUAAU